AAAUGGACUCAACUGUUGACAAGCAUUUUGAGUGUCUAAUAGUAUUAACGAUUGUUUAGUCAUAUAAUAGUUUGAUUACAAUUGAAUUAACUAUUGAUUUAUAACUAUUUGUAUAACAAUUAAUGGAUUUUAGUAAUUGAAUGACGAGUUGUUUCAAAGAUUUUAUAAAUUGUUAACACAUCCCAAACAAUGAGCAAUAUUUACAUUCAAGAGCCACCAACUAAUGGCAAAGUUUUACUGAAGACAAGUGUCGGUGAUAUUGACAUUGAGUUGUGGUCUCGAGAGUGUCCUAAGACCUGCAGAAAUUUUAUCCAAUUAUGUCUUGAAGGCUAUUAUGAUAAUAAUAUUUUUCAUCGUUUGGUUAAAGGAUUUAUUGUCCAAACGGGUGACCCGACUGGCACUGGAAUGGGCGGCGAAUCGAUAUAUGGUCAGCCAUUCAAAGAUGAGUUACACUCUCGGUUAAGAUUUGUUCGCAGAGGUCUCGUAGCUAUGGCUAACAGUGGUGUCAAAGACGACAACACCAGUCAAUUCUUCUUUACUUUAGAUUCAUGUCUUGAGUUGCAAAACAAACACACAAUUUUCGGUAAAGUCACCGGAAAUACCAUUUAUAAUAUGAUUAAGUUAGAGGAGAGUGAAGUCGACCAAAAUGAGAGACCAUUACAUCCCUAUAAAAUACAUUCAACCGAAAUAUUAUUAAAUCCCUUUCCCGAUAUAAUUCCGAGACAAACGAAUAAUCAAAAGAAAAGCGAAACAAAAGUGGAACAGAAGUCACAAUCAAAGGCGACAAAGAAUUUUAAUUUACUUUCAUUUGGAGACGAGGCUGAAGAAGAAGAGGAAGAAAUAAUUAGUGUUUCCAAAGACUUUAAAGGAAAAAGUAAAAGUAGUCACGAUUUGCUUAAAGAUGACCCAAAACUAAGUUCAUUGCCUGCUGUGGACACUAAAGAUUUGAUGACAUCUGAUAGCGAUAGAGAAGAUGAGAAAAACAAUGAUUCGGACGAAAAUCUUGAAGAAAAAAGUGAACGUUUGGAUAGAAUUAAAGCUAAACUAAAGAAAGAAGAGAUUAAUUGUAAAAAAGAUGAGGAAUACUUAGAUAAAGAUGAAGAAGAAUUCUUUAAAAACGAAGAUAUGAUGAAAAUUAAGAAACAAGAGUCGUGUUUGUCUAAAGUUAGGGAUGAGUUUAAAGCUUUAAAGAAACAGAUGUGUUCCGAACUUAAGAAGAAAUGCGAAAAAAUAAGUAAAUGCAAAGUCUAUGACAAUCCAGCGGUCAAAGAGUUUAUUGAAGAGGCAAAGAAAUACAAAGAAGCGACUAAUAAAUUGCCCAAAAAAGGACACUCAAGAGAAUCACUUUGUUUAAGUUUAUUAGAAAAAUUCAAAACUCGAUUAUUAACUAUAAAAGAAGGGGAAUGUAGUGAAGGGAAAAAAGAUGACUCCGACUGGUUAUCACAUCAAAUGGUUUGUCAUAAAGAAGAAGAAAAAUCUGUUUUGGCUAAAGACGCUAAUCUUAAGAAUGAUGAGGAAUGGUAUGACAUUCACGAUCCAAGAAAUCCUAUUAAUAAGAGACGUCGAGAGGAAGGCUUAGAGAAACACAACAUAAAGAAAACUCGUGUCAAUUGAGUUGUUAUAUGAACUGAUAUUUUAUUCAUUUUCAUUAUAUAUAAUAUCAUAAAAUCAUUAUUAUAUUACGGUAUAUAUACAGUACAUAAUUGUUAUUAUAUGAUAUUUUUAUUGUAAGUUAAGUGAAUAUUAUGAUUUGAUAUACCGAUACAUUUGGAUUAUUACCGAUAAUAUGUGAGA